AUGACAAGUGGCAAGUCAAAUACCUUAUCCUUCCACCACCUACCAGUCUUGAGUCUACCACCAUUCCCAAUUUCCCAGCUCCUCCCGCUUCAGACCUUCUUCCACAAUCAAGUUAUGGCGGCUUAUGGUGCAGCGAUUUCUCUCAAGAAUACGAUUCAGCGUAUUCUACAAUCGUCUCGCAUCUCUCUCGAUUCCCACUCUCCACUAAUCUUACAACCUGCCUACGACCAGAUGGAUCGCUUGCUGAAAGUUCUGCGAUUAUUGGACGAGACCAGCUGCAGCAAGAUCAGGAUAGAGGUGAAUGCUGCGGAUGAACGAAUCAAAGAUGCAGUUUGGGAAUUCGAAGAUUUACUCGAAUCCCAUGUCUUACCUCAGAUUCUUCCACAGCUCGAAAGCGAGAGAGACAACUUGUCAUUCUCUGUAGAUCUGCAGAGUCUGCAACACCGUGUUGAUUGCUUCGUCGAGAUGGUGAAGAUGAUGGAGGAAGAGUACACUAAUGAAAUGGAGAAUAUGGCUGAAGAAGAAGGCGAGCCUAUUUCCUCAAGAAUUGAUUCUGGUGGUGGAAUGAUCAAGUCAAAGAUGGUUGGAUUAUCUGAUGAAUUCGAAAAAGCGAGAGAUUAUCUUCUUAAAGGUAAUUAUUAUUCGCUUGAUGGGAUGGCGGGCGUUGGGAAAACAACUCUUGCUAAGCAUGUUUUUGAAGAUCCAUCCAUUCAGAGCCGUUUUGAGUUUCGAGCAUGGGUUAAAGCGGGCAGAAAAUGCGAAUUUGAUGAACUAUUACGAUGCGUUCUAGCUCAAGUGGAUCCCAACGCUUACGAAAUGCUUAACCAAGGAGAUGAUGAUGAUGAUUAUGAGGAAUUAGUUGGACUCUUGAAAGAAAGAUUGAAGGGAAAGAAAUGUCUCAUCGUGGUAGAUGAUGUUUGGGAGACACAAGCAAUGGAUCGCAUGACAAAUUGCUUGGAAGAAGAGAAUAUUGGAGGGAUUCAAUUCUUACUCACAUGUAGAGAAAAAAUUAUAUUCACCAAGGAUGACGGGUACGAAAGAGUAAAUUUGUUGAAUGAAGUGCGCUUGUUGAAUGAAGAAGAAAGUAAGGAAUUACUUGGUUUGAAGGUGUUUGGUGAAGAGGGUUUUCCUCGUCACCUUGAGGAACUGGGAGAGAAGAUUGCCAAGAAAUGCGAAGGUCUUCCUCUUAUGAUAGUCACGGUUGCAGAGCUCCUAUUAAAAGCCGACAAGACCCCAGAAUACUGGACUGAGGUAGCCUACAAACAACACAACUCACUUUUCGAGGAUGCAUAUAAUCAAAUAUCAGAGGUACUUUUCCCAAGUUAUGACUACUUACCCCAACAUUUAAAAAUGUUUUUUCUAUAUAUGGGAGCAUUCCGUCCAUAUAGUGAUAUUAUCAUGCCAUCCAUGCUCAACAAUCUGUUGAGUGCUGAGGGGUUUCUUGAACCGAUUGGAGAAGAAAGUUUUGGAGAUUUUUUCGAUUUAUGCUUGGAAAAACUUUGUUUGAUGUAUCAUCUUGUUCUCAACACAACAAAUUCUUUGUCUUUGUUUAGAAGUUUUCGCGUGCAUUCUUGCUGGCAGCACUUGUGUAAGGUAGAAGCUAGUAGGAUCAAGUUUCUGCAUGUCUUACAAAGUUGUGAUGAUUUUAUGGAAGACCAGCGCCGCUUGUGUGCCCAUUGGAACAGUUUAUUCUGCUUCAAACAAGUGUGCGAUUCGAUAGAAAGUGAUUGUGCAUCCACUGUCCGUUCUCUCCUUUGUUUUGGUCCUCAUCACCCAUAUCCAAUACCAAUAAAUUCCAUGGGUUUCAAGUUGCUCAGGGUACUAUUUGCUCUUGAUGUCCGAUUUUACCAUAUCCCAAAUGAAAUUUUGAAACUAGUUUGUCUGCGGUACCUUUCCCUAACUUGCAACGGGGAGCUCCCCGCUUCAAUAUCCAACCUCUUUCACCUUCGAUUCUUGAUUAUGCAUCCACAUAUAAGCAUUGUAAAGCGUGGAGUUCAGUCAUAUAUACCUGUUCAAAUUUGGAACAUGCAAGAACUAGAGCUUCUUGAGAUCCCGGGAAGGGACCUACCAACCCCUAAUACCGAUGAUGCUGCCUUGAACAAACUCGUUAAUCUUUUUGGUGUGAGCGCAAACAGUUGUACAAGGGAAGUUCUCAAAAGAAUUCCUAAUUUAACGCAUUUAGGAAUUUAUGUGGAGUUGAAGCCUUAUGAUGACGAUGAUGAUGAAACCAACCUAUUGAGUCGCUUGAGUUAUAUAUCACAACUCCAGAACUUGGUCGGACUUAGUUAUGGCAUCAGGAAUCCCGAGAUAAAGUAUGAGUGUAAUACCAUUCCUCUUUCAAUGUUCCCAUCAAGUCUCACAAUGUUAAAUUUGAGCGGGUUGGGGUAUUCUUGGAAGUACAUGAACGACAUUGGUUUGUUGUUGCCAAAUCUCGAGGCUCUCUCAUUAGAAUGCUAUGCCUUUCGAGGCCCAGAGUGGGAAAUAGAAUCAGGGGGUUUCUUGAAGCUCACUCAACUUGCAAUUGACGACACUGAUUUGGUGCAAUGGAGACCUCAACGUGGAAGCUUCCCAGAGCUCCGGCACCUAAUGAUGAAGGAUUGCUACAAGUUACAACAACUCGAUUGGCCAUAUGAUCAUUCUUGGAUCACAAGCAUUGGAUUGGCUGACUGCAAUCCUUUAGUUGUGGCUUGUGCCAAUCAAUUAAAAGACAAGUUUCCCUUUGAACUUACCGUCGAAUCUUCUUUUUGA